GCCACUGCCCGGCCCGGGCCGCGCCGCAUCGAGCCGCUCGCGUGCGAUUACCGCCGUCUUUGGCGGCCCACGUGAGGCGGCGGGUGGUGAUGGCGGAGGCCGGAGCGGAGCGCUGCCGGCUCCCAGGCCCUGACCUCGGCCUGCAGCUGGCCCUGCCCCCGCCCUCGGGCACCAAGGCCAGCGGCAGAGCCAGAACUGCAGGUCCCCAUCGACGGGUAGCAAAUCAGAUUCCUGAAGAAAUACUGAAUGACAAAGAGCUGCAGAACGCUAUCCGGGUGCUGCCCAGUAAUUAUAACUUUGAGAUUUACAAGACUGUCUGGAGAAUAAAGCAAGCAGAAGCUAAGAGAGUUGCCCUGCAAAUGCCUGAAGGACUCCAGAUGUUUGCCUGCGCAAUUGCUGAUAUCAUAGAAAGGUUCACAGGAGCAGACACGCUGAUAAUGGGUGACGUCACGUACGGAGCAUGCUGUGUCGAUGAUUUCACAGCCAGGGCCCUUGGAGCUGACUUCAUGGUUCAUUAUGGCCACAGCUGCCUCGUUCCAAUUGAUGCCACGGCCGGAAUAAAGAUGCUCUACGUGUUUGUGGAUAUCAAAAUCGACAGCACACACUUUGUCGACAUGGUGCGCUUCAACUUUCCUCAGGGCUCGGCGCUGGCUCUGGUCAGCACAAUCCAGUUUGUGGCAGCGUUGCAGUCCACCAGCCAGGAAUUGCGAUCGGAAUAUGACAUCUGUGUCCCACAGUGCAAACCGCUGUCCCCAGGUGAAAUUCUCGGUUGCACCUCACCGCACAUUGAAAAGCCAGUGGAUGCCAUCAUUUACCUAGGUGACGGGCGCUUUCACCUGGAAUCCAUCAUGAUAGCGAACCCUGGCACCCCAGCAUACAGGUACGAUCCCUACAGCAAGGUCCUCUCCCGUGAGUACUACGAUCACGCAGCAAUGCAGGCGAUCAGAAAGGAUGCAAUAGCGACGGCAGCAAAGGCAAAGAUGUGGGGCCUGAUUCUUGGAACACUUGGACGGCAAGGUUCUCCUAAGAUCAUGGAGCACUUGGAGACGCAGCUUCAGGCCCUCAACGUGCCAUAUAUUAAUGUCCUGUUAUCUGAGAUCUUCCCAGACAAACUCCAGCUUUUCCAGGAGGUGGAAGCGUGGGUCCAGGUUGCCUGUCCGAGACUUUCCAUCGACUGGGGAAAGGCCUUUUCCAAACCUCUGCUCACACCGUAUGAGGCAGCUGUGGCUCUCAAGAAGGUCGAGUGGCAGCAACGGUACCCGAUGGAUUUUUAUGCCAACCAAUCACUCGGUCCGUGGACCGUCAACCACGAAACACACCAACCUGCAAGGAGGAUGAGAAAAACCACAGUGGCCAAGCCAGCAGAGGCAGUGGCAGCAGCAGUCAGGGGCACGUGUACAGAUCCUAGGUGCCAGCGAGAGGAGUCUGCCGAGAGCAAAUCAGAGGAGCUGCCUUCCCAGUGACGUCACAGGUAUGAGCCCAGGCACCAAGGAAGCACUGAGGCGACAGAAGCCAUGGAUUCAAGGAACUAAGGAACGCCACCUCAACCACCAACCCGCUGAGCUUGACCAGGAGUUCCUUCAAGCUUGUUGAGUGGCAAAUACACAAAAUGGGAUCGUUCUGGUGUUUUAAUGCAAAAUAUGAAAUUAGAUUGGGACACACCUGUGUGGGAGAAGGAGUACAGGUUCAACCCUCAGGCUGCAGCUACAGGCUCGGCAGUGAUGGGAUAGGAUUUGGGGCAAUCUUCGACUGACAAUGAAACAAGAAAUAAAUUGACUAACUUUUGAAUUUA